UCAGAGGAAAAGAGAAAAGAUACAAAGGAAGAGAGAGAGAGAGAGAGAAACAUGGAUGCUUGUUUCCUUACCUCAAGACCAAUCUCUGGUGCCAAAGAGCUUGUCCCGUUCAUCAAAGCCAGAAUCUUUUCUUGCCCCAAGAGAAAUUCCGGCCAAUUUCUCACCAGGAAGGCGGCUGCGUCUCCGAUCUCUGUAAAUUGUUCCCUUUCGGAUUCAUGGAAGCCACUGGAAGAUGAUUCUGAUCUCUUCAAGGAUUGUGUCAACAACUCUAAAGCAGAUGCUGCUGACUGGAGAGAAUUCAGGGCAAGGCUCGUAGCUGGAGAACAAGCUGCAACCACCUCCGAGAAUGACUCGUCCUCGUGGUCUAACCCGGACAUGGUUGUGGACUAUCCACCAUCGUCCUCACUGAUCACAGUUGGAAACAAAUGGGCACACAAGAUCCACGAGCCAGAGACAGGAUGCCUCCUGAUCGCCACAGAGAAGCUAGACGGAGUCCACAUCUUCGAAAAGACGGUGAUCCUCCUCCUCUCCGUUGGACCCUCAGGUCCUAUAGGAGUCAUCCUCAACCGUCCGUCGCUGAUGUCGAUCAAGGAGACGAAAUCAACGGUCUUGGACAUGGCGGGAACGUUUUCAGACAAAAGGCUCUUCUUUGGUGGACCUUUGGAAGAAGGGCUGUUCCUGGUGAGUCCGAGGAGCGGCGGAGACAACGAGGUUGGGAAGAGCGGAGUGUUCAGACAGGUGAUGAAAGGAUUGUACUACGGGACGAGAGAGAGCGUGGGAUUGGCUGCGGAGAUGGUGAAGAGGAAUCUUGUGGGAAGAAGUGAGCUAAGAUUCUUUGAUGGGUACUGUGGUUGGGAGAAAGAGCAGUUGAAAGCAGAGAUCUUGGGAGGGUAUUGGACUGUGGCUGCUUGUAGCUCCACUGUUGUUGAGCUUGGUUCGGCUGUUCAAAGUCAUGGUCUUUGGGACGAGGUUCUUGGUCUUAUUGGGCCUCAAACUGGCUCUGUUAUCUAA